CCCACAUCUAUCCCAUCUGUUUGCGAAAAAACAUUAUUCCUUGGAAUUUCACUGUAAAUUAGUUAGCAAUUAUGAAUCUGAUAAGCGGCAUAAAGUUGUACAUUGAAAAGAUGUGCUCCGAAUCGGGUCCGGGUAUGAAAAUCAUUCUACUGGACAAGGAGACAACCAGUAUAAUUUCCAUGGCCUUUAGCCAAUCGGACAUGCUGCAGAGAGAGGUGUAUUUAUUCGAACGUCUGGAUUCUGGCAGAUCUAACGAACGGUUAAAGUACCUUAAGUGCAUUGUCUUCAUUCGACCCACCAAGCAGAAUAUCCAGCUCUUGGCGAACGAACUAAGGAACCCAAAAUACAGUGCCUACUACAUAUAUUUCAGCAACAUUAUACCCCGAACGGAUAUUAAAUACCUGGCAGAAUGCGACGAAUCCGAAUCGGUGCGGGAGGUAAAGGAGCUGUACGCGGAUUACCUGUGCGUCAACCCCAAUUUGUUUUCCUUGGGUAUUCCGAACUGCAUGGCAAACUUAAACUGGCUGCCGGAUGCACUGUCCCGAAGCAUGCAGGGUAUCACAGCCGUGCUGUUGUCCCUGAAACUAAAUCCAGUGAUUCGGUAUCGAGCCGGCUCCCAGGCAGCCCAGCUCCUGGCUAAGCUGAUUUACGAACAAAUCACCAAGGAGUCCUCCCUGUUCGACUUUCGGUCAAAUAUGGAUGGUGCUGCACCACCACUGCUCCUCGUGCUGGAUCGCAGAGAUGACCCAGUAACGCCUUUGCUUCACCAGUGGACCUACCAAGCCAUGGUCCACGAACUGCUCCACAUCAAGAACAAUCGAUUGGACCUCUCCAAUCGCCCGAACGUACCAAAGGACUUCAAGGAGCUGGUUUUAUCCGGCGAUCAGGAUGAGUUCUAUGGCAACAACAUGUACGCCAACUAUGGCGAAAUUGGAUCUACGAUUAAGCAACUGAUGGAGGAGUUUCAGCGAAAGGCCCACGACCACAAAAAGGUGGAGAGCAUAGCGGACAUGAAGAACUUCAUUGAGUCGUAUCCGCAGUUCAAAAAGAUGUCCGGAACAGUUCAAAAGCAUUUGUGCGUAAUUGGCGAACUUUCGGCAAUGAGCAAUAAGCGAAAUCUUUUCGAGGUUUCUGAGCUGGAGCAGGAGAUCGCCUGCAAAGCGGAGCAUUCAGCUCAGCUGCAGCGCAUCAAGAAACUGAUAGCGGACGAACGGGUUUCCAUCGAGGAUGCCCUUAAGCUAGUAUCACUCUACGCCCUGCGGUAUGAGCGACAUGCCAAUUGUGACACAUCCGGUUUGCUGCAGAUCAUCAAAACUCGCGGCGGACAUGCGGCUGUGGUGCCUUCUCUGAUUGAGUAUGCUGGAACUCAUGUUCGCCAGGGUGACCUGUUCAACAUGGUCCGCAUUACAGAUGCCGUCAAGCUGACCCGCAAUCUGAUCAAAGGCCUCAAGGGAGUCGAAAAUGUAUUUACCCAACACACGCCACUGCUAAAGGAGACCCUCGAGGAUGUGUUCAAGGGCCGCGAGCUGGAUCCCCUCUUUCCGGCAAUAAAUUCUGAGCUUGUGCCAUUCCGACGACCACCGCAGGAGGUUGUUGUCUUCAUAAUUGGUGGAGCCACUUACGAGGAGGCUUUGGCUGUACACCAAUUAAAUAACGCUGGAUACAGGGUUAUCCUUGGCGGCACCACCAUUCAUAACUCGCAAACCUUUAUACAAGAGGUCCUAGCCGCCACUAGUGGCAUCCAAUUUAAGCACACCAAAUCCAUGAUCAAGUAUUGCUCCACAGAUAACAUUUAAAACGAAUUGUGACUAGCCACAAUUAUAUUGUUAACUAUUUAUUAAAUAAGGAUGUAUGAAUGUAUGUGCUAAUCGAUCCUGCUUUCAAUUCCAUUUAAAAUUUUUUAAAUGUUAAGUUUCCUUAAUAUCUCCCCUUUUUACUUGAAGCAUAUUUUUGUUACCUUGUAAGCAUUAAGAUGGUAAGCAUUUCAAGUAAAGAAGGAGUUCUGUUUUUGGAAACGAAAUUUUGCAUUAAUAAUGAGCUAAUUCCGUGCACUAUAUCCAUUGAAAUCCCCUGAACUAUAUAAUCCUUUAAGCGUAUUCCAUGUAAUAUAUGUAUACUUAUAAUCAUAUUUAUUUUUAUUGUUCUCGAGAGGAACCCAAGGCAACGCCUUUAGACAAAAUCUAUUAUAUAUACUAAUAAAAGUGUACUGAAACCCCA